AUGUCUCAUCAACAACAAAUUCUUGAACAACAACAAAAUUAUUAUUAUGAUGGACACUCCGUUCAGCAACUUCAGCAGCAACCUCAACAACAAAAUUAUGACCGACAACUUCAAAAUCACGUACAACAACAGCAACAGGUUCAAAAUUUCGAAAAUCAAAUUUAUGCGCGACAACUUCAACAAAUUAAUAAUCCAACCCAGCAAAUUCUUCAACAACAAACUCAACCAACUCAAAAUCUUGGACAAGAAAUCAUUGCAUUCGAUAAUUCAUUAUCAAUUAUUGCAACAAUUUAUGUUAAAAGCAGCUCGCAUACAUCAUCUUCACCAACUAAUAACGAUAUUAAUAAUCAAUAUAGUUUAAAUAAUCGCGAUUUAAAUUUAAAUGUUUCUUCAUUCAAUUCUAGAAACAACAAUGAAGACCCUUUAAUUGCAGCCAUUUUUCAUCAUAUGUCAAUGAUUAAAGACUAUAGGAUGAAGAUUAGUCAGCAUCAUUUUGAAUUGGAACAAAUUAUCAAUAUGUUAAGACAUAGAGAUAAUCAAGAUAGAAAAUAA